CUUCCUUUUCUAGAUCGGCCAACUCGGUGAACCAUGGGCCGAGUAAUUCGCUCUCAACGUAAAGGUCCGGGAAGUGUAUUCAAAUCCCACACGAAUCACAGGAAAGGUGCGGCCCGUCUCCGUGCUGUGGAUUACGCUGAACGUCAUGGAUACAUCAAAGGUGUUAUCAGGGAUAUCAUCCAUGACUCUGGUCGUGGUGCUCCACUAGCAAAAGUUAUGUUCCGUGACCCUUACCGUUAUCGCCAAAGGGUGGAAACGUUCAUCGCUGCUGAGGGGAUGUAUACAGGACAGUUUAUCUACUGCGGCAAAAAAGCCACCCUUCAGAUUGGCAAUAUUCUGCCGGUCGGAGCUAUGCCUGAGGGGACCAUUGUGUGCUGUAUGGAGGAGAAAACCGGCGAUCGCGGCAAGAUCGCAAAGGCCUCUGGGAACUACGCUACCGUCAUCUCCCACAAUCCUGACACAAAAAGGUCAAGGGUCAAGCUGCCAUCUGGCUCCAAAAAAGUAGUUCCAUCAACAAACAGAGCCAUGGUUGGUAUUGUUGCUGGAGGCGGUCGUAUUGACAAGCCUAUCCUGAAGGCUGGACGAGCCUAUUACAAGUACAAAGCCAAGAGGAACUGCUGGCCUAAAGUCAGAGGUGUUGCCAUGAACCCUGUUGAGCAUCCCCACGGUGGUGGUAACCAUCAACAUAUUGGUAAAGCUUCAACAGUACGCAGAGAUACGUCAGCUGGUAGAAAGGUUGGUCUUAUUGCCGCCCGUCGUACUGGACGUCUACGAGGUAGCAAGAAGGUGACUGGCAAAGGAGAAAAAGAAUAAAUUCUUCGGUUUGCUGUAAAAAAAAAAAAAAUUACCAGCCAGCUAAAGAAAAUAAAUAUGGAAUGUGAAA